AACUAGCCAAACAGGAUAUUGUGUGGUUACGCAGCAACAGAACGCUGUCUCCAGGCAACGAAGAAUGCUUCUCCUGAAUCUCACACGUGUUCUCCAUUCUAGUAGUGGAGGAAUGGUGGCUGCCCUGGACUGAGAUGUCAUCAUGGAUCACAUCACUGUGUCUGAGGCUCUGAGGCAGCAACUGGAAGCAUUGUGCUUGAAGUCCUUUCCCUGUGGUUCUGGAAGCUGGAACAAGCCUCAUCUGGUUAAAGGAAGAAGAAUUCCUGCAGACACCUACUGGGAAGACAGUGACCCAGAUGAGGAGAGCCAGGGCACUUUACAGGAUAUUCUGAAUCAACAGAACUCACCGUGGGAACCUGAAGACAAGUACAAUUCUGAAGCUCAACACUUGAGGGAACUUGCAGUCAAAUGUCCGGAAAACAUCACUGAUCUGUUCAUCUAUUCUUAUUUCAAACGGCUUAGGAUAGUUGAUAAAGAGGUAACUGAAGUAGAUGCACAGCUACUUAAAUUUCAGAACCUUGAAGAACUUGUGUUAAGUGUAAAUAAAUUAAAUACAGUGAACUCUGGAAAUCUUCCAAGAAAAUUAAAGAUAUUGGAGUUAUGUUCUAAUCACAUUUCAAGCUUAAAGGAUGUAAGUGUAAAUCCUCCACCAUUGUUACAGCAUUUAGGACUUGCGUAUAACAGAAUUCAUGGCUCUUCAGAGAGUAUGUUCCUGACUGCAGACAUCUGAAUUUAUAUUUUUUUUUUUUGGCCAAAUUUGGUUUCUCUUGACCUUAGUUACAAUGAUCUUACUGAUCUCUUUAACCUAGUAUCCAGAAUCUCUACUUUACAAAAAUCUGUCCGCAUUCUCAUGCUGCAAGGAAAUCCCUGACUUUUGUUACCAUAUAGAGGCUAUACUAUAGACUCUCUGCCAAAGCUAUGUGUUUCUGGGAUGAUAAUUUUAAUAUACCCGGAUGAAAAAUAUAAGUACAGUGGACUGUCACAAAAGAAAAGCACACAACUGGUGCUGUCCUUAGGGGACAAAAAAUAUGGAAUGUUGGGUAACAACAAACAGAGCAGAGACUGUCCUGUGAAGGGGACGGUCCGCUAUGUAGAAGACAGGGAGAAUAAAGCAAAGUUUUAUGUCCGCAUAAGGAAAGUACAAGGUAUUCCAAACCCAAGUGCACACGCAGAACAGCAGAAUUCAGGGGACUAUCCAGUAACUACAGUCACUUAUCAUGUAUGCUAUGAAUUCAUAGAAGACCAGCCUAGCAGCGACAUAUGCCAGUCAUAUACGUGCGAUCAGCCACAACAGAGCAUCGAAGGACACGAGGAACAACUCUACCCACUAAACCUUCAUGCUGGUCUUUUCAAAUCUGAUGGAUCCUUUUGGAAUGAAAAUAUAGAGUACGAUUAUGUGAAGGAACACACAUCUACAGAUUUAUUGGCUUUAAAGUCUUUUCUUCUCUCUGGAAUGAAGGUGACUGUCAGAGAGGAAAAGAUCCUCUCAUGGCCCAAAGAUCCAGAGGAGAAUGCUGCUGUAUCAAAACUUGACAAAAAAGUUGGUGGGAAGGACAAGGAAAAGGACAAGGCCAGAAGUAGCUCUAGGGGAAGUAAAACUGAUGGAAAGAGUAAGAAGAAAAAAGAAAAUCUAAUUGAACUUUGUCAUGAUCCCCCAAUUGUGAAGACUCUUGGAUCUGCUGUAAUGCCUUUAAACAAUCAUGUAUCGGGGGUGAUGCAAACAUUUUCUGUUUGUAACUUGGAGCCAUUUUUCAGCAGCAUAGAGCAACAGCAUGCAAAUGAAAAGUGUCCUCAAAACAGCAACAAAACCAAGGAGCGCAAGCUGAAAAGUGGUAGGGAAAAUGUAGAAGCUCCUAAGACCUUUCGAUCUUCAUCCGGAAAAGAAAAACAAAAAGAUACAGAAAUGAAACCAGCAGAAGCGGGGCCCCCUCCCCCAGUAGCACUAACUGUAGAGAUGGAAGUCCAGCUUGUGUGCGUCUAACAACAAAUGGUUAAUUACUGUGACACAGUGCCUAUGUUAAUGUGUUUGAAAUGUAAUGUGCACAAAUGCCAACGAUUUUGUUCAAUUUCAAUUUACUGCAAAAAAAACAAAAAAACUGUUGCUUUUCCUUUA